AAAUUAUAUGCAGAUGUGGAAGGCACCUGCACUGGAAGAUACGGUUACAUCAUUGCUGUGCUAGAUAGUAUGGAAUCUCUGGAUAUUUCGAAGGGAAAAGUUAUACCGUCCAUUGGCUUGGCAGAAUUUGAAGUGAAAUAUAGAGCUGUUGUAUUUAAACCUUUUAAAGGAGAAGUUGUAGAUGGUGUAGUAAGUCAAGUCAAUAAGAUGGGAUUUUUUGCUGAUGUUGGUCCGUUACAAGUAUUCGUUUCCAGCCAUUUAAUCCCUUCAGAUCUAAAAUUUGAUGCCUCAAAAAAUCCUCCAGCAUAUCAUGCUGAGGAUGGUUCAUCAAUUGAAAAAGGGUAUCAUGUCAGAAUAAAAAUUGUUGGGACAAGGUUCGAUGCCACCGACAUCUUUGCGAUUGGAACCAUCAAAGAUGAUUUCUGUGGAGUCCAAUUACCUUAA